AUGUCUGUGAUCCUAGCUUCUGCCGGCUACGACCACACGAUCAGGUUCUGGGAGGCCCUCACCGGCGUGUGCUCAAGAACCAUCCAGCACGCUGACUCCCAGGUGAACAGGCUAGAGAUCACCUCUGACAAGCGCUUCCUAGCUGCUGCUGGCCAUCUACACGUUAGGCUCUACGACAUCAGAACUACAAACCCAAACCCAGUCACGUCCUUUGAAGGACACACGAACAAUGUCACCAGUAUAGCGUUCCAGUCAGACAACAAGUGGAUGGUAUCGUCCUCUGAAGACGGUACGGUGAAAGUGUGGGACGUUAGAGCGCCUUCAGUGCAAAGAAACUACAAGCACAACUGCCCAGUUAACGAGGUAGUGAUCCAUCCAAACCAAGGUGAAUUGAUCAGUUGUGAUCAAGAUGGGAAUGUGAGAAUAUGGGAUCUUGGAGAGAACCAAUGUACUCACCAAUUGAUCCCUGAGGAUGACGUUCCAGUCCAUUCCGUCUCUGUUGCUAGUGAUGGUUCCAUGUUGGUUGCAGGCAAUAACAAAGGGAACUGUUACGUGUGGAAGAUGUCAAACCAAAAGGAUUCAACCUCUUUACAACCCGUCACAAAGUUUAGAUCGCAUUCCAAAUACAUUACAAGAGUGUUGUUGAGUUCAGAUGUUAAGCAUUUAUCAACUUGUUCUGCAGACCACACGGCAAGGAUAUGGAAUGUUGAAGAUGGGUUUUCACUGGAGACAACGUUACAAGGACACCAACGCUGGGUAUGGGAUUGUGCUUUUAGUGCUGAUUCUGCCUAUUUGGUUACUGCUUGUUCCGAUCAUUACGUUAGAUUAUGGGAUUUGUCCACCAGUGAGACCGUGAGACAGUAUAACGGCCACCACAAGGGGGCUGUCUGUGUGGCAUUGAACGAUGUUUGA